AUGGCUCCAGCUUUCAUUCUGUACGGCGCUCGCGGUUCAACCAAUACGGACCGUGUGCGCCUGACUCUCGCCGAAGGUGGCUUUACGGAUUACGAACUCGUAUGGAUCAACCUAUUCAAAGGAGAGCAAAAGUCUGAGGAACACAUGAAGCGUCAUCCAUGGGGCAAAGUCCCCGUCGUCACUUUUCCCGAUGGAUUCACCCUCUACGAGAGCCGCGUGAUCUCUAAAUACCUCGCCAAGAAGUACUCGUUUCCUCUUUUACCCCGAGACUCCGACAUGGAAGCUUCCGCACUGUUUGACCAGGCUGUUUCCGAAGAAAUGAUCUACUUCUCCGACCCCGCAGGUAAAAUCACCUUUGAGAAGUUCGUCAAAAAGCUCAUGGGAUUGUCUCCCGACGAGGCUGUCGUCUCAGGUGCGUUGAAGUCAGUCGAGGCGUUCUUCGACGUGGCGGACAACGUCCUACAGCGCAGGGAGUACAUGGGCGGGAAUGACUUUACACUAGUAGACAUCUACUAUAUCCCGCAGAUUCAGAGGCUUUUCGUCUGUGGUUAUGGAGAUCUCAUUCUCAGCCGCAAAUCAGUUAAUGCAUGGUGGAAUCGCGUCGUCAACCGGCCGGCCAUACAUAACUUGCUGGCAGCUGAUAAAGAAGCCAUGGCUGGGGCAAGUAGAUAG